GGCUGUGGUGCGUCGCUCAGCUCUCAACCGGCGGUACAAUCGGAUGAUCACGGGCGGGCGGAGCCAACUAGGAGGAAAUGGUCUAGUUGGCUCUGGCUGCUUCAAGAAAACCGGCGACGAGCAUCCAUACCCGGCAGUUUGAUCGCACAUCUUCGCUGCUUUCAAUCCAUUACUGCAACAGCUAUCAAGCAAGACACUUCUCUCAAUCAAAACGUCAUUGAUUUAGUGGAACACAUCGACAUUUAGCGAACGUUACUUAUAAACCAAGCAACACCUGUAUGCUGCGAUUUCUAGAAACACCUGUGAACGGCUCGGAGAUUAAAUAGAUAAACGGCUGCAGGAUGGAGACGCAGAUACAUGUGCCUGUCGGGUCGCCGGUAGUUAGAAAAAUCCCCAUUUUCGUGGACGAACACAACGUGACGGAGGGAGCGAUGAAGCUCAUUAAACAGCUGAGACCGGCGUGGGACACGAGCCAUGUAAAGACCAAGCUCUUCACUGAUGGAACCACCAACAAGUUGGUGGGCUGCUACGUGGAGGACAGUCCAGAAGACAUGGUCCUGGUGCGAGUAUACGGGAACAAGACAGAGCUGUUUGUGGACAGAGACAAUGAGCUCAAAAGUUUUCAGGUGCUACAUGCUAAUGGAUGUGCUCCUCGCCUCUACUGCAGCUUUCAGAACGGCAUCUGCUAUGAGUUCAUGCAGGGGGAUGCUCUCGGGACGCAGGAUGUCAGAGAUCCUUCCAUGCUCAGACUGAUAUCCAGGGAGAUGGCUUGUAUCCAUGCCAUCCAUGCACACAAUGGCUGCAUCCCCAAACCCAACCUCUGGAUCAAGAUGCAAAAAUACUUCUCCCUUGUGGCCACUGAGUUCACCGACCAAGCGUCCAACGUCAGAAUCCAGCAGGAAGUUCCCAGCAAGGCGGUGCUGGAGCAGGAGAUGGUGUGGAUGAAGGAGCAUCUCUCCACUCUGGGCUCCCCUGUGGUGCUCUGCCACAAUGACCUGCUCUGCAAGAACAUCAUCCACAACAGCAAAGAGGGUCAUGUUCGCUUUAUAGACUAUGAAUACUCCAGCUACAACUACCAGGCCUUCGACAUCGGCAACCACUUCAAUGAAUUUGCAGGAAUGGCGGAGCUGGACUACGGGCUGUACCCCAGUCGGGAGAUGCAGAUGGACUGGCUCAAAGAGUACCUGCAGGCAUACAAACUCUUCACCAUGAAAACAGAGGAGGUCAGCCCGCGGGAGCUGGAGACGCUCUAUGUACAGGUCAACAAGUUUGCUCUGGCUUCUCACUUCUUUUGGGGCUUCUGGGCACUCAUCCAGGCCAAAUACUCCUCCAUUGACUUUGACUUCCUCGGGUACGCUGUGCUACGUUUCAACCAGUACUUCAAGACCAAACCUGGCGUUAUGGCCCUGCAGAUCCCAGAAUGAGAGGAGGACAGACUGCGGAGAGAAGACCGGAGGGAGGGAGGGUGUAACAGGUUUUAUGCUGCGACGUCCUGUAGGGUGGGAACUCUUCUCUGUGAGCCAGCUGUUGAUGGACCACUGCUUGGUCUUACUCUUUCAUCACAACUCUAGCUCAAGAAUGAUGAAACUUCCAUGGGUUAUGUGUGUGUGAGUUUAUGCUCGUGUAUAUUUGUGUUCUUAAUUUAUCUCGAUUAAAAACCCAACGUGUUUCUUUCCCUCUUUGGGCAACUGAACAAGGCGUAGUGAGCACAGUAGCCUACAUUUUGGGGUAGAGAUCACAGACUUGACACCUGCUUUAAUGUCUGUCACUCUGGCGCCAAAAUGUUCCACAACGCUGGAAAUGAAGUUCCAAAGAGGGCGAGACUGUUGAGGGUUUGAUGCUGACAUUGACAGAUUGACAGUUUGUCCCACUCUCAGUGCUUAGAAACUGACUACAGAGGCAUUUCACCUGUGAUUCCUCAGAUUUUACAUGUGGUGUGUGUGGUGAUACCAUACCUCCUCCUCCUCUCUGCAGAUAUUUUAACACUUAAGUUGAUUUGUGCGCUCUUUCCUUUUUCUUUCCUCCAUCUUUGAUGCUAAGUGCUCGUAGCUGCAGUAUUUCUGCACUGCACUUCCCAGAGAUCAACACUGCAUCAAACACUGUGGGCGGUUCAUACUUCCUCUGAUUUUGCAGAUUUUUUUCUGUUGUUGCAGUUUGAGCUUCUGUCAGUUAUUCCAAGCAAACUGCUGCUGCUGCUGCUGCUGCUGCUAGACGUGUAAAACAAAGUGGACUUUUCCCCUGAAAGGACCUUCCAGACACUGAGUGUGUGGAACAGCAAAUGGAAAAGCUUUCCAUACACUGGCUGAAGGUUGCAUCACUAUUGUGUUAUAGCAAUCAGUGAUAGAGAGUAGCUAAAUGUGCAUUUAUUUAUUCAUGUAUGUGAAGACAUUAACAUCUCAGGUGAAACAACUCCUCAGUUUUUGUUGCUUUAGUGAGCGUUGCUUUGUGUUGAAUUGGGAAGUGAUAUGAGGCGGGAGGGGAGGUGGAUGUUGGGUGAGGGCUCCUGUGGAAACGCCACGCUAAACUCUGUGUGCAUUUCUACCCUCAAGUCAAGAAGGUUUUCCACCUUCUUGACUUUUAUGGUUACAGCGAAUCGCUCCGUUAAACUUUCCAUUUAAACUUUCCGGACCUCUUGGAAAAACACAACCUCCGUCACCCCCACUGUCAACCCCCCCAUCCUCCCCUCUUUUAUGCCCUCCUGUGUCUGCUCCCUCCUCACAUUACUAUCUUUGACCUGCUCCCACCAUGGUUCGGUUUCAUAUCUGGCUUUAUCUGUUGAGGUUGAGGCAGUAGCACCUGUUCCACGGGCCAUCUGAAUUCAGACACUGCUCUCAGCCCCACACUGGAAUCCAUUCACAUGCCAGAUUUGGAGCCACAUUUUAUUAAGUUAUAUCUGGGGAAACUUUUGUCCAAGGCUGCAACUAGUGAUUCUUUUCAUUCUCAAGUCAUUUGCAGAUUAUUUCUUUUCAAUUAAUUGUUUAAUCGGUAGAAAAUGGUGAAAAAUGCUCAUCGUAACUUCCCAGAGCCCAAAAUAACCCCUUCAAAUAUCUUUUUGUGUGUAUUGUUCGACCAACAGUCCAAAACCCAUUAAUGUUUAGUUUACAAUGAUUAUGACAAAGAAAACCUGCUAAUCAACACAUUUUCUCACAGUUAUUGCUUGACAAAGUAUGCAGAUUAUUUGAUUAAUCGACUAGUCAGUUCAGCUCUACUUGAAUGAUAUUAUACAACUGUUUUUAGUAAGCUGAUCUUUGGCUUUUUGAAACCUGCAGAUACCUUGACACGGACCAGUCUCUUGGCAAACAGGCACUGGCCUCGUAAUGAACUUAAGCACAGGAUCCACACCUCCUCCCCAUCACUGAUUUGGUUACACUGGACUGAUCAACGCAGCACACCAAUGAAUGAAUCUGAGCUUUAGAUCUUCUUCUGAAGCUGUUUAUUCAUGCUGGGCUCCAGAAAAGGGACAUGUCCUCUCUCUCACCCACACAGGAUAUCCAGCCCCUCAACGGCCCAGCAGGGGGAGACACUGAGCCCUGACCUUUGUCCUCCACUGCAGGUUUCAUGUAACUGAUUAAUUAAUUUAAAUAAAUAACCGUUAAUAAUUUACCAAGUGAGCAGCGUCCCUUCAAAACAGCAGAAGAGACACUAAUUGAUGUCGAUGGUUUUUCAGUUAGGACAGUUAACCCGAGAAUGUGUUUUCAGAGGGAUCCCAUUUAAAUUUGAAAUGUGUUAGUGGUUCUUUAUUUCUUAGACAUGAUGAUCAGAACCUUCUGAAUGUGAAUUAUAACUCAUUUUAGGGCUGUGAGGCGAAAAAGUGUUUUGAGCGUUACUCAAUGAUAUUUAUAUAAUAAAGAUUCUUUUGAUGGCACACGUUUGGGAGAAAAAAAGUUACCUGCGAAAUUGUCUUGAAAAAGCUCAAAUCACUCCAAGUGCAUUUUUCGUUUGAGGAUAAUCCAGAGGCCCUUGUUUUAGGGGACUUACAGUGGAGUAAUCUGGUUAGUAGAUUUGCAGAUAAUGGCCAAAUUAGUGAGCUUGCUGCUUGAGUGCACAAUCCUAAUACCCUGGUAGGACUUCAGCCUGGAUAAAAAGGGCAUUUGCACUGAAUGAAUUUCUCUAUUCACUUUAUAGAGCACACUGACCCUGAUGGAAGCCAUUGGUUGACACAGUUUGGGAUUUUGGAAGAGAAAUUUAGGUUAAAGGCUAGAGCUAAAUGUUGGGUUGAAGGCCGAUUGUGGUUGUCCUGAAAAACUUUGAUUCGUCUGGCCCGUUGGUCGUUUUACCCACUGUGAUGUAUGGCAUCAAAAAAUUCAGCAUCAAAAUCAUCUCGGAGUUGUUAAAGGGACAGUUCACCCCAAAAUCAAAAAUACAUGUUUGUCCUCUUACCUGUAGUGCUAUUUAUCAGUCUACUGUAGAUUGUGUUGGUGUGAGUUCAGUGGUGGAGAUAUCGGCCGUAGAGAUGUCUGCCUUCUCUACAAUACGAUGGAACUAGGUGGCACUCGGCUUGUUGUGCUUAAAGCACCAAAAAGUACAUUUGCAUAACUCAACAGCAAUGUCUCUUUCCAGAAUUCAUGACCUGGUCACUCAAGAUAAUCCACAGUCCUGGUUGUGAGCAGUUUCAUGUAGGAACUAGUUUCUUUCUACCGAACUACACCCGCCAACCGUAUCCCGCACAGAAGGAAGCGUGCUCGUGGACGAGAGGCUUGUCCUCCUCGGCUGAGCUGUAGCUGUAGCUAACCGAUACUGCUAGCUCAUCUGAGCUAGCUAACAUUACAGCUCAGCCGAAAAGGACGUCAUUAAAGUUAAUAUCUCGCCAGUCAUGAGCACGAGCCUCUCGUUCCUCAGUACGCUUCCUUCAGCGCAGUCAUUUUUUUUUUUGGAUUUGGGGGUAAAGUGUUUCUUUAAGUUUAUCGGUAAAUAACACUAACUAGCACUGGACAUCAACUAGAUCUAAGUAAUUGAUUUAACAAAACAAUUUCAACUCAAGGUUCACUUACUUGCUUUUUCAGGAGCUUUCAAGUGCAUCACAUGGUCUGACAUCUGUUGUUCAGAAAAAGCUAGAAACCGGGUUAGGAUUGUUUUGUCGAACUAAAUCUUAAGUUAUGAAUUAUUUCUCAUGACGUUAAAAAUGUUUUUACUUAAUCUACAAAUGCUUCCGUUGUAUAUGUGACAACGCAAGUGAGCAAAUUAGACCUACGAUAGAUCUCUCUCACCGAUCUCUGUUUACCUAAACUUUAGCAAGACAUUUUGCACUGUUGACUGCACUUACAAUCAAGUUGGACAUUUGUGUUGUGGCUCUACAGACCAUAAUAAGAAAACAAUGAGACGUAUAAAUGCUUACAUCAGAAUCAGAAAUACUUUAAUAAUCCCAGGGGGAAAUUAACUAGAAUUAAGUUAAAGAUGACUUUGUUGAUAAUUGUCUCAUGACAUUACACACUUGGUAAGGUGAACAUAAGCCAAACGACAAGUAGUUCUUGAAUAUGGUCCCUGUUUAAAGACCAGCACAUUUGAUCUGUUCUUGGGGCAACCUCCAGUAUCCCAGAUGAGUCUGAAUUUCCUGUUCCAAGCUGAUUUCACUCUUUGUGUUCGGCCUUAUAUGGUGUUUUAUAGCAGUUUUUAUUUACUGAGUGAAUCUAACAUUGCAUUUCACACCUUUUCUUUUUGUCGUUUUCUAAUCAUUCCAAAAUGGUUAGCUUUGCAUUGAAGUUCAUUUCAGAGUCACUAUUUCUGUGUGAAUGUACUAACUUAAUUUUAAAAAACACUGUACAGAUAACUGAAUAUUUUUUCCUUUGUAUGCUAAAUUUACUUUUUGUAAAUGCUUUGAGCACUGUGUAAAGGGACCUAGCGUUUAGCUUGCAGAUGUGACUUUGUAAAUGUACUUAUCCACUGCUAAAGGAGAUACUGAGUCCAGCUGAGAUGGAGGAUGUAAAUACUGUAAGAAAUACUGUGAAAAGCUUCCUGUACAGUGAUCCUUUACACCUCUGUAGGAAUGGCAAGAGGAAUUAUUUAACAGUUGUCAGUAAACAUUUCCAUUAAAACGUAUAAA